AUGUUCUGGAGAUUUGGCAUAAAUUCAGCAAUUGAUGGACUUUUGGAUAAAGAGGACCUUACAUUAGAGGAAUUGCUGGACGAGGAUGAUUUGCUCCAAGAAUGCAAAGCACACAAUAACAAACUGGUUGAAUACCUCCGCGAUCCGAUAAUCCUUUCUCAAUUGUUGAAUUAUAUAAUUCGUGAAGAUCUGGAUGAGAGACAAAGAUUCAAAUAUCCAUACGUUGCGUGCGAAGUCUUUUCUUGCGAAAUUUGGGCUAUUUGCGAAGCUGUCAUUGAUAAUGUAGAUUUGCUCAAUACAUUCUGGCAAUUUCUUGACCGUCCUGCACCAUUAAAUUCCUUGCAGGCGA